AUGGAGUGGCUAGGACACGCAGAACUCAACUUCACUCAUGCGCCGUCACCACGAAAGGUGCAAGAGAAAGAUGGCAAUGUCACCGAUCUCUUAUCCAUCUGCGAAAAGGCAACACCGCCAUGCCGGCUGAACCCACUACUCUUCAAUGGCCAUCUGCAGACAAUGUGGACAGCGACCAAACCUGCUGGACCAAAGAUUUACUAUAAACGCAAGAUUUUUGACGCUGACCACAAGAUCUACCAUGGAACAUUCGCCGUGGACUUUGCUGUUGAGCCUUUUGAGGCCCCUGAGGACCCUUCAUUGUCUCGACGAACAGCAUACUUCACUCCAGAAGAGUUUGAGCAUAUCGGGUCAGACGACUGCAAGCCCAUGCUUGUUGUCCUGCAUGGUCUUUCGGGUGGUUCCCACGAGAUCUACCUUCGACAUACCAUUGCGCCAUUGAUUGGCGAGGGCGGCUGGGAAGCCUGUGUUGUUAACUCGCGAGGUUGUGCGCGAAGCAAGAUCACCAGUGGUGUCUUGUACAACGCUCGAGCGACAUGGGAUAUUCGUCAGACAAUAAAGUGGUUACAGAAAACUUUCCCUAACCGACCUCUGUUCGGUCUAGGGUUCUCUCUCGGAGCGAACAUGCUCACCAACUAUAUAAAUGUCUCCAGCAAGAUCCUACAGAACAGCUACAUCGGCAAGGAAGUUUAUCUUCGAGUCAUGGGCAGUGCUCUGAAAGAACUCGCUGCCACACAUAGAACCGAGUUGGAAAAGUACAGCAAAAUCGAUGUCGAGGCCGUGAUGAACAUCACGUAUCUCUAUGAGUUUGAUCGCCUCAUCCAAUGUCCUUCUUGGGGGUAUCCGACGGAGAGUGCAUACUACCGCGAUGCUUCAUCGGUGGAUUCCAUACUUUCCAUCGAGAUUCCUUUCCUAGCUGUCCACUCAACUGAUGAUCCGAUUGCUGUCAAGGAAGCUAUUCCCUAUGAAGAAUUCAAACAGAAUCCCAACACUGUCCUUCUCACCUCUAGCCUGGGAGGACAUCUGUGCUGGUUUGAAACCUCGGGCGAUCGUUGGUUUACCAAACCUGUUGCCAACUUCUUGAACCAUCUUGCUUUCAAGACUGAUCUCAAUGAUCUCAGGCCUCUCGUUAACCCCAACAACAACGAUCAUUUAGCCGACGGACAUGGCUACAUCCCUAUGCGACGCAAGCUAGUCAUAGUGGAAGACUAA